CACCAAUCCUCAUCACCUCCGAGAUUUUCAUCGCCUGCCGCGCAAUCUCGGGAUCCUAGCCGUCCGCACAUCGCCGCGGCCUUCCUCCGCGCCACGAAUGGUGUUCUCUGGCCGCUGUCUUUUCCCGAGGACCUAACCCAAGGCGGUAGGUACCAGCUAAAAGUCUAAAGGCGACCACCGGACCGGGCGGCAAUGACGACCGCCGCGAGGGAGAGGCGCCUGCCGCCGACGCUGCCCCUGGCCACGCUUAUCGGUCGCGAGCUCCGUGCGGGGGGCUCCGAGCGCCCGGCCCUGCGCUACGGCCACGCCGGCUUCGCCAAGCGCGGCGAGGACUACUUCCUCGUCAAGCCCGACUGCGUCCGCGUCCCCGGGGACCCCGCAUCGGCGUUCUCAGUUUUCGCCGUGUUCGACGGCCACAACGGCGUGUCGGCGGCGGUCUAUAGCAAAGAGCAUCUGCUCGAGCACGUCAUGAGCGCGCUGCCGCCGGACAUCGGGCGCGACGACUGGCUGCAGGCGCUGCCGCGCGCUCUCGUCGCCGGCUUUGUCAAGGCCGACAUUGAUUUCCAGCGCAAGGGGGAGGUGUCAGGAACCACGGCGACACUGGUGGUCAUCGAUGGGUUCACGGUCACAGUGGCGUCGGUGGGAGACUCGCGCUGCAUCCUGGACACGCAGGGCGGCGAGUUGCAGCUGCUAACCGUGGACCACCGCCUGGAGGAGAAUGCAGAGGAGCGGGAGCGCGUCACGGCCAGCGGUGGGGAAGUAGGCCGGCUCAAUCUCUUCGGUGGUCAGGAGGUUGGUCCUCUCCGGUGCUGGCCUGGUGGCUUGUGCCUUUCAAGAUCCAUUGGGGACAUGGAUGUUGGGGAGUACAUUGUGCCCAUUCCACAUGUCAAGCAAGUCAAGCUAUCAAACGCUGGAGGAAGGCUGAUAAUAGCAUCCGAUGGCAUAUGGGAUGCAUUAUCCAAUGAAGCAGCUGCAAAAGCAUGCAGAGGAUUGCCUGCAGAACUGGCAGCGAAGCUUGUCGUUAAGCAAGCUCUGAAAACAAGCGGGCUAAAGGAUGACACCACCUGUGUUGUAGUUGACAUUAUCCCAUCCGAUCAUUUGACAUCACCACAAUUGUCUCCAAAGAAAAAUCAUAACAAGUUGAAGUCACUUUUUCGUAGAAGGUCGCAUAGUUCUGUUGGAAAGCUCGGGGGCAAGUCUGCCUCCAUUGGUUCUGUGGAGGAGUUAUUUGAAGAAGGCUCUGCAAUGUUAGAAGAAAGGUUGGGCAGGAAUUUGUCUUUGAAAGCAGUUUCAGCACCUUUUCGCUGUGCAAUCUGCCAAGUGGACCAAGAGCCCUUCGAAGAUUUGAUGAGAGAUAAUGGAGGUGGUUACUGCUCUUCCCCAUGCGCUCCAUGGGGUGGUCCAUAUCUCUGUUUGGACUGUCGGAAAAAGAAAGAUGCAAUGGAAGGUAAAAGAUCUAGCUGCUCCACAGCAUGCAGGUGAAACAGUCCUUGCCUCAAGCAGAAAAGAACCGAUGAGAGAGGAUAAUAAGUUGCUGGACCCAAGUAUAAUUGUUUGCUGAAACUAACUGUAUUGCCAGCCCGGUAAAAGACAUAUUUGGCUGGUAGUAAGACCUAACUAGUCUGUUACCUGCGCACAAUCCGAAUGGAAAAGUUUGUUGUCGUUGAGGACAUAGCUCAAAUAACUUGAGCUUGUAGUUUUGAUGUACCCUGUAGCGUGCCUUGUGCAGGGAAAAAUUGACCUGCCUAUUGCUGUUUUUUUUUAUAAAAUAGCUAUCGAGGGUGAUUAAUCGUGGACAUGUUUUUAUUUUUUUGGUGGGAUUGAAAGAAGUACAUGCCUGGUGCAGGAACGAGAGUGAAUCGUAUUACUAGGUUUGUUCUUUUUUUUUUUUGGUUAUUGAAGUACGUACUAAAGAUGUACUUAUGUGUAAAAUGUUCCUUGUGU